AUGACCAAGAAACUUAACCCUCUUGAGAAGAAGAAUCGAAAGCCAGCACAAAGAGCCUGCACGUUUUGUCACUCCAAGCAUCUUCAAUGUUCAAAUGAACGACCAUGUCAGAACUGUUUGAAGAGAAAUAUCGGGGAUCAGUGCCAGGACGUGACAAGAAAGAGGGCCAAGUACUUGAAGAUAAAAAAAGAGAUUAAGCCAAAUAUUGAGCUUGGAUCCAAAGAAAAUGUAUCCGAGCUAGAAUCGCUGGUCAAAAGCUCAGCACAUUCAGGUAAUGGAAACAGCAACACUCAGGUAACUAACAUUAAAAGCAAUAGAAAUGAUCAUUUUCUUACACCACAAGUCCCCAUGAUGAAGACGACAGAUCAAGUAUUGAAUAAGAUCUUGUAUUUAGAUCCCACGUCUCAAAACAAUGAUAGUCACAUCAAUAUGAGCGACGAACUUGGCGAUAUGUUUAAUUCUAAUUAUUUAAGUCAGGAAUAUUUGAAGUUAGGUGACAUAAUUCUACAUUCAAAACCUUCAUCACCAUCUCCGUCUAAUACAAGUAACUCUGACAAUGUGGGGGUCACAGUGUCUCCAUCUUCUACAUUCUUCAGCACUAAUAUGAAGACGCAAGACUCCUCGAAGAGCAAAGCUAUGAAAGAUUCAAGACCUUUUAUAUCCCUUGGAUUCAAUGAACAUUCAAACGGAGUUGCGGGGAAAAAUCCAAUUAUAGACAAAGCAAUGGAUAUCAAUAGCACUGAGUAUAUUUCACCUUUAAUCAGUCAUCAUUUAUAUCAAUCCGUUCAAGAUAUUUAUUCGAAUAAUAUUAUAAACUUCGAUUACCCCCAAUCAUAUCAUCUGCUAACCACUUUUUUGAAAAAAAGAUUCCUGGGAAAACACUUAUCUGAUGAAGAUAGACAGAGUAAGCGAAGAAACUUUUUAGUUAUACUUAAGCUAAUUGCAAGCUACCGACCUACAUUCAUUUCUGCUCAUAAGUCGUUAUUAAAACCUUUUGAUUUACAGUUCCUUGAAAUGUCCUUCCAAAGGUCAUUACUUGACUACGAAAGAUUACUGCAACUCAAUUCUUCACCCACUAUUAUUUGGAGAAGGACAGGCGAAAUUGUUUCGAUAUCCGAUGACCUACUAAGCUUACUUGGCUUUAGCCUUAGUAGUAUACUAUCGAAAAGAACUUACAUUAUAGAGCUAAUGUAUGAUGACGAAUCCAUUGUCAGAUAUUUUGAGCUAUUCAAGUCAGUUGCGGUUGGUAACCUUCAUCUGCGAAUAAUUACUAGAUGUAAACUUAUGAAAAAUUCAGAAAGGGCUAUGAUGACGUGCUCGCCUAUCAGCGAUGAUGAUCAAAAUGACUUUAUUGAAUUCUCAUCAGUAUGGACUGUAAAAAGGGAUUUGUUUGAUCUACCGAUGCUAAUAAUUGGUCAGUUUUUACCCAUUCUUCCUGCUGGAGAAGGAGUGAGAAUGUAUUAG